GGCUUCCGGAAGGGGUGGGGCUUGGAAUAGCUGCAAUGAACGGAAGUGGUGUCUUCUACGGACUACGCGAAACAGCCAAAAGCUGGCGCUAGGGCUAGGGUCCAAGGUUCCCACGGAGCCAUGCAGAGCGGGAGCAUGGCAGACGACCAGCAGAAGGACACGUCUGACAUGUCCUUUGAGGAGCUGUUGGAGUUGCAGAGCCGAGGGGGACCCAGGGCAUGCAAACAGUUGGCUGGAAGAAGCGCUCCUAAGCAAAGCCCCAGACAACCUGUGUGUGUUGCCGAUAAGCACCGGCCUCUGGAAAUGUCAGCCAAAGUCCGAGUGCCAUUCUUACGCCAGGUUGUUCCUAUCAGUAAAAAGGUAGCCCGGGACCCCCGCUUUGAUGAUCUGUCAGGGGAAUAUAACCCCGAGAUAUUUGACAAGACUUACCAAUUCCUGAACGAUAUCCGAGCCAAGGAGAAAGUGCUUGUGAAAAAGCAGUUGAAGAAGCGCCGAUCAGGGGAGGAGCGUGAGAAGCUGCAGCAGCUGCUUCGGCGAAUGGAACAGCAAGAGAUGGCACAGCAGGAGCGAAAGCAGCAGCAGGAGCAGCGCCUGGCCUUGAAGCAGGAGCGGCGGGCUCUGGCACAGCAGGGCCAUCGGCCAUACUUCCUGAAGAAAUCUGAGCAGCGCCAGUUGGCCCUAGCUGAGAAGUUCAAGGAGCUGAAACGCAGCAAGAAGCUGGAGAGUUUCCUGAGCCGAAAGAGGCGUCGAAACGCGGGCAAGGACAGGAAGCAUCUCCCUUUGAGCAAUUAGUACUAAGGAACUGUCCCAGGGAGACCUGGGUCUAUGGGACAAGGCUGGGGUUGGCCAGUUCUGGUUCCUCCCUGGUGAAAGGCAAGCAUCAUACUCCCCCUGAACUGGGCUGCCUCAGAGGACUGGCGUGCUGUGCCCCUGGGUGUGCUAGGGCUGUCCAGCCACAGAAGCCCAGCCUUCCGUCAUGUCACAGUGCCUUCUCAGAUUCGUUCAUCACGGUCUCAUGUUCUCCUUCCAUUCUUUCCUUAUGACAUGGGUACCUUCAUGGCUCCAGGGAAGGGACUUCACAGAAGAGCCACUUUGACAACAUGCUUGUUACUCAUUGUUUUAUUGUUGUUAUUUUUAAUUGUGUGAAUGUUUCUGUGUGUAGGGGUAUGUGCACUGAAUGCAGGGACCUUUGAAGGGCACAGCUUUUACUUCCCCCUAGAACUGGAGUUAGAGAUGGUUGUAAGCUGCCCAGUGUGGAUGCUAGGUACCAAAUGAGCCCUUUGCAAGAACAAACCACACUUGAUCACUGAGCCAUCGCUGUAGUCCCCCACUUCUACUUACUUAUCCAUUCUUAUUUUGUUUUGUUUUUUCUUGUAUGUAUGUGUGACGGUGUUGGAUUCUGGAGUUAUAGACAGUUCUGAGCUAUAUGGUUGCCAGGAAUUAAACCUGGGUCCUCUGGAAGAGCAAUCAGUGCUCUUAACCACCAAGCUAUCUCUCCAGCCACCCCGUUGUUGUUGGUUUGAGACAGGAUUUCUCUAUGUAACAGCCCUGGCCAUGCUGGAAUUUACUUCAUUGACCAGGCUGGCUUCAAAAUCAGAGAUCUGCCUGCCUCUGCCUCCCAAGUGCAGGGAUUAAAGAUUGCCUGCACCACCACCUGGCCCCAUUUUGUUUUUAGUUGGAGACCUGGAACUUACUGUUUUGGUGAGCUGUCUGUGGUCCACAGUGCAACAGAUCAGAUCAGGGCCCUCUCCAUCUUAAAUCUAGGCCCUGAGAAGAUGUCUUAAGUGUCACUUGACCUUCGGUAGAGUGGGAUGUGGGAGGUAGUGAGUCCACGUUUUUCAGCAUCUACCUGAGAAGGGACUUCAGUGUUUUUGCUCCCUUGCCCCUGGGCCUGUUACCUAGUGAGGCAGAGCAUUUGCAAAUGCAGUGUGUCUUACUUCCUGGUAGGAUUGUGGGUACGUGCCAUCACACCCAUCCAGGACAUUAAAAAGGAAGUCACUAUGCUUGUA